CAACAACAUUGACUGUACGGCUUUGAAGAACGCAAGAACCCUUAAAAUUGCUGCUUCAUAGAUCGUUUCCGAUUAUUCUUCCGCAGUUCUCUCCAAGAAGAAAUUCGAUCUGAUAGACUGAUGUUGUGGAAGAGAAUUUGUCUUGGCUACCUUGUGAGGAGGGGCCAUUCUACUAAGAGGUCAAGCAGUAGGAGAGGGACGAAUGAUAGGAAGAAUUUGAUGUUGAAGCCAAUAGGGAGUGGUUUUGGUGAUGGAGGUGUACUGGGGAAGCGAAAAAUAGGGCACCUGAGUGUUGAGUCGAAUAAAUAUAGAGUUAGGAAGAAGCGCAAGAUUAGGGGGGAUAAUGGGGUUUGUGACAGAGAUGUUGAUGUUGAUCGGAUAUCGGAAUUGCCUGAACCCAUUAUCCAUCAUAUUUAUGGAUUCAUGCAUUCUACAAAAGAUGUGGUGCGAACUAGUAUUUUGUCAAAGAAGUGGAAAAGCAUGUUCAGUUCUUACCUGACAUUUGAUUUUGAUCAGAGGUGGUUUCGCAUAGAAGGGGCAAGAGGAAAGCAUAAUCGAAUCAAAGCCCGUGAAGUGCAAAAAAAGAAGUUUAGGGGUUAUGUUGAGAAGUCUUUGGCAUUAAGACUUGAUCCUGUUCCUUGCAUAGAUAAGUUCAGGUUGUAUGUGAAUAAUAUGAGUGGUGUGUUGCAGGCUUGUAUGGGACGUUGGAUAUGUGCUGCUGUGGACAAAAAUGUGAAGGAGCUAGAUGUUCAUGUCAAUGUGGACGGAAAGCAGUAUUUUGUGCCAGAAGCUGUACUUCUCUCUGCAUCAAUAACUUCCUUGAAGUUGUCAGGGUCACUAUUAUGUGAUUUUGGUGCUAUAAAGCUGUCUAAUUUGAGAGAACUUUCUAUAAAAGACACCUUUCUGCUAAAUGGACAUUUGAUCAAGAGAUUUGAAGAAAGCUGCCCACUAUUGGAGGAUUUGAGGCUUGUUUGCUGCAGAGGAUUAUUACAUCUGGCUAUUUCGGCUCUUCUCAAGCUUAGGAGGUUAGAGGUGCACGAGUGUGCCAAGCUUAGUUGUAUUGAGAUUGAGGCAUCAAACCUUGAGACCUUUUGGUAUCAUGCAAAAAAACACCAGCAGUGCAAAAUUGACCUGAAAAGUUCGGGAAAGUUGAAGAAUUUGACGAUGAAGGACCGCAAAAUGACUGACACUGCAUUUCAAGAUUGCAUUUCCAAGUCCCCAUUGCUUGAGAAGUUGGUGCUUCAUGAAUGUACCAGCCUGGAGACACUCACAAUUUUGAGUGGGAAAUUGAGGAGCUUAUCCUUAAUUAAUUGUGCAAACUUACGCGAAGCCAAUAUUGAUGCUCCAAAUCUGUACUCCUUCCAGUACAGUGGCCGUAGAAUGCCUUUCUCUUCCAUGAAUGUUUUGGGUCUAUGCGAGGCAAAGUUUUCUUUUGGUCCAAUUAUGAAACCAGCUCAACGAAUUGUUGAGUAUCACAAACUUUUUGGGAGCUUUAAUCGGUCUAAGGGUUUCAAAUUAAUCGUGUACUCCAAGCAGAAUAUGAAGAUUUAUGAAGAACCGGGAGAAGACUAUGUACUGCCAAACUAUUUCUGCAAGUUAGAACUGACUGCGUCCUCAAGAAGUGUUCUGAAAACUGUUGAUAACUGGCUGCGGGAAUGCCAUGGGAGGAGUAUCGUACUUGUAUCCCCCAGCACUGAACUCAUAAAGUUUAUGCGCACAAUGAUAAUCGACAGAGAAGAUAAUCCGAACUGCUGCAGAUUCUACUCAAACAAAUGUUGGCGGCAUUACGUGGCAGAUGUUAAAAUUUUAACCUUGAACACUACAAACAAGAUAUAUUAUGACUUCAAAUGGAGGUCUAGAUAAAGGAGUCGUUAGCAUGAGGAUAUGACGACGAAGCUGACCUUUCCUUUCUAUUAUUUUCUAAGUCGUCCAAUAUGGAAUUCUAUGAACGGGAAAGUUUUCUUGCAUGACAUAUGUGAACAAAUUGGUCUUUAUUUUUUAUGAUGUUUUAUUUUCUUGAAGAACAGAGAAAAAUAUAGUCUGUAGCAUCUUACAAGUUGCAUAACCACCACCUCCGAUAUCAUCGUCCUAGAACCACCCUCCUGAUUGGAUGUAUGCCAAUAAUGUCAUGUGUUAUCUAAAUUUACCAUCCUUAGAUGAUGUAUUCAGGAUGCAUGUGCAUGUCAUAUAGAAAUUCAACAUUAUACAUGUGUUACACUUUGCAUGCAUUGCUAAAUGGACAUAAUUAAACUGAAGCUUUAUCAUUUCAGCAUUAGAUGCUUAGCUAAUCAUGUUAGCACAAGAAUUAUUCGGUGGAAUCAAUCCUCUUAAUGCUGGUACCAAAUUGAAAAUGCCAUAGGUCCAUAAAUGGAACCGGAUACUAUUGCAAGCCAAUUAUUUCUUCUAUAUUAACCUCACAAUUAAUUCGUGCAUGUGUGCAUAAUUGCCAUCUCUCCUAGUGCUUCCUGUAUACAUGGUAUGCAAUUCUGAAUUAAAUGCUACUUUUGGCUGUUGAACUGCAGAUUGUGGGAUAUUUGAUUUUUACGCUAUAUGAAUGUCUGAUUUGUAGGAAAGAGAGAAGAAUCAGA